AUUAGCUGGAUAUUUGCACGAGAAAAUGUCUCGCGCGUAGGCAGCGACCGACUCACUGGGAAAAGGCCAUUUGAAAGUUGGAGUUUGGCGCCAGUUGCCGGACAACAGGACAGCUUGAAUAUACAUAACAUUUAACUUCACAUCAUUGUAUUUGGUAGAAUGGGUUCAUCAAUGAGCUCGUCGAAUGGUGUCAGUCACGCUUCCGGUUUCGGUCACACUUCCGUUCACGGUCACGGUCAUGGUUUAUUCGGUCAGAGUUACAGUUACAGUCACAGUCACGGUCAGCCGCAGCAGUUCUACUUCGAUCCUGACAUGGACUCGCCCCAUCGAAGACCCGAUUGCUGUUCGACCAAGUCGGAGCUGCGUGACAAACUCGAAAGCCUGGCCGACGUCACCGAGAAGAUCAAGGAGGUCAGGUACUACACCCAUCCGCUCAACACGUGGCAAACGUCGUCCAGGUACGCGUUCAUCGUCCUGGAAACGGACAGCUGGUGGUGGUCGGUCGACAAGGACGACCGAGGCGUCACCAUCCAGCGGUCAAAAUGCGUCGAAAAUGUUCGCGACUUUUGCCGCAGGCAGUCCCGUUCCGCCGCCGGCGCAGGCAGCGGGAUCGAAAUGGCCAAAAAGCCUUCCGGCAACAUUAGCGUGAUCGAACUGCUCAAUCGUUUCUGGAUGAGGGACCGCGCCAAUUUGGAAAUCCAUUUCCAAACCAAUAAUAACGGCUACCAGCAUUUUGCCGAUAUCCUUUACGACUUUGUUUGAAAAAUCCGCCAUCAUAUUAUUAUUGGUACCGACGAUGAGUUGAUGUCGCAUUUCUGUGGGCUAUAUAUUAUGUGUUGCUCUCGGGCGAAUCAAAUUUUAUCCGGCUGGCAAUCAAUUUGAUGUCAUUCGAACAUUUACGAAUUAAUCGAUUGUGCAUUAAAUUUGUAAUCACAUUUGAAACUGAGUUUAAUUGUAUUACGUAGUUGCCAUACAUAUUUUAACCAAUAAAAUCAUUCGCAUUCAGUCUUAUAUCCCCGAAUAAAU